GCUGGAGCUGUCUGUGUUGCUGGAUGUUGAGGAUUAAAGAUGGCCACCAGCAGGAGGAGUAGGGACAGAGCCCACUCCGGGAUCACGGCAUUACUUAUCAUGUAUGGAUGAAAAGACGAGGAGGAAAACGUCAUCGAUACUUUGCAAAUUUACCUUCUUUUCCUUAACCCUGCUCCCUGUCGACACAAACACCGAUUCACUGGGCUGGCUCUGUCCUGUAGAAGCCGCUCGAGAUGAACAUGGUGAAGAGGAUGAUGGGCCGGCCGCGGCAGGAGGAGUGCAGCCCCCAGGACAACGCGCUGGGCCUCAUGCACCUGCGGCGCCUCUUCUCCGAGCUCUGCCACCCGCCCCGCCACAUGACCCAGAAGGAGCAGGAGGAGAAACUCUACAUGAUGCUGCCCGUCUUCAACCGGGUGUUUGGGAAUGCCCCGCCCAGCACGAUGACAGAGAAGUUCUCAGACUUGCUGCAGUUCACCACCCAGGUGUCCCGGCUGAUGGUGACGGAGAUACGGAGAAGGGCAUCCAAUAAGUCCACAGAGGCAGCCAGCAGAGCGAUUGUGCAGUUCCUGGAGGUGAAUCAGAGUGAGGAGGCGAGCAGGGGCUGGAUGCUCCUCACCACCAUAAACCUGCUGGCCUCAUCGGGCCAGAAAACAGUAGACUGCAUGACCACAAUGUCGGUUCCCUCCACCCUGGUGAAGUGUCUGUACCUGUUCUUCGACCUGCCACUUGUACCUGAGGUCCCAGGUGCGGCCCAGACCGAGCUGCCCCUGGCUGAGCGCAGGGCCCUGCUGCAGAAGGUCUUCGUGCAGAUCCUGGUCACACUCUGCAGCUUCGUGUCCCCGGCGGAGGAGCUGGCCCAGAAGGACGACCUGCAGCUGCUGUUCAGCGCCAUCACCUCCUGGUGUCCCCCGCACAACCUGCCCUGGAGGAAGAGCGCCGGGGAGGUGCUGUCCACCAUCUCCCGCCACGGCCUGAGUGUCAAUGUGGUCAAGUACAUCCACGAGAAAGAGUGCCUGUCCACAUGCAUUCAGAACAUGCAGCAGUCAGAUGACCUUUCACCCCUGGAGAUUGUGGAAAUGUUUGCCGGCCUGUCCUGCUUCCUGAAGGAUUCGAGUGAUGUCUCGCAGACCCUGCUGGAUGACUUCCGCAUGUGCCAGGGGUACACCUUCCUCUGUGACCUGAUGCUCAGGUUAGAGCAGGCCAAAGAAGACGACUCCAAAGACGCACUGAAGGACCUGGUGAACCUGGUGACCUCUCUCACCACUUACGGCGUGAAUGAGCUUAAGCCGGCUGGCCUCACCACGGGGGCGCCCUUCCUCCUGCCGGGGUUUGUGGUGCCCCAGCCGUCCGGGAAAGGCCACACAGUGAGGAACAUCCAGGCCUUUUCGGUACUCCAGAACGCCUUCCUGAAAGCCAAAAGCAGCCACCUUACCAGCACCAUUUUGGACGCCAUCGGCAACAUCUACAUGGCCGACAAUGCCAAUUACUUCAUCCUGGAGGCCCAGCACACGCUGUCCCAGUUCAGCGAGAAGAUCGCCAAGCUGCCCGAGGCCCAGGCCAAGUACUUUGAGCUGCUGGAGUUUGUGGUGUUCAGCCUGAACUACGUACCAUGCAAGGAGCUGUUCAGCGUGAGCGUAUUGCUGAAGGCUAGCACCUCGCUCCAGUGCAGCAUCACGGCCACGCGUUCCUUGCUCAAGCUUAGCCGCCACCACUCCGUCUUCAGCGAGGUGUUCCGCGAGGUGGGGCUGCUGGAGGUGCUGGUCAACCUGCUGCACAAGUACGCCGCCCUGAUGAAGGACCCCGCCCAGACGCACAGUGAACAGGGUGAGUCCAAGAACAGCAGUGUGACAGAGGAGCAGAAGCAGCUUGCCUGGCUGGUGAUGGAGACUCUAACCGUGCUGCUCCAGGGAUCCAACACAAAUGCAGGUUUGUUUCGGGAGUUUGGGGGCGCCAGGUGUGUCCACAACAUUGUGAAGUAUCGCCAGUGUCGCGAGCAUGCUCUGAUGAUCAUCCAGCAGCUGGUGCUGUCCCCGAGCGGGGAUGAUGACAUGGGCACACUCCUGGGCCUCAUGCACUCUGCACCCCCCACCGAGCUGCAGCUUAAAACUGACAUCCUCCGGGCCCUGCUGGCGGUGCUGAGGGAAAGCCACCGGACCCGCACCGUCUUCCGCAAGGUGGGCGGCUUCGUCUACGUCACCUCGCUACUGGUCGCCAUGGAGAGGUCGCUCUCCUCUCCCCCAAAGAAUGGCUGGGAGAAGGUGAACCAGAACCAGGUGUUCGAGCUGCUGCAUGCCGUCUUUAGCACACUGACGGCAGCCAUGCGCUACGAGCCCGCCAACUCCCACUUCUUCCGCACCGAGAUCCAGUACGAGAAGCUGGCCGACGCCGUGCGGCUGCUUGGCUGCUUCUCCGACUGCAAGAAGGUGGCGCCGGCCGGGGCGCUGCCCUCCAACGCCCAGCCCUUCCAGAGGCUGCUGGAGGACGAGGUGGCACCAGCCGACAGCGUGUGCCCCUCCCUUAGACACUGCAGCAAGCUCUUCAUCUACCUGUACAAGAUGGCCACCGACUCCUUUGACAGUCGCGCUGAGCAGGUGCCCCCCUGCCUGACGCACGAGACCUCCCUGCCCUCCCCCUGGGGCACCCCGGCCCUCACCAGGAAGAGACAUGGCUACCAUGGAGCGUCCUCUACAUCCCCCGCCUUUCCUGCCAAAUCCGCCGCCGACCUGAAGCUCCACCUGGGGAACCCUUCCCAGCAUGCCUCUGACGCCGUAGUCAUCCACCCGGGAGCUGUGCUGGCCACGCUGGACCUGCUGGCCUCCGUCAGCUCUGACACCCAGCCCGAGCAUGCCUUAGACCUGCAGCUGGCAGUGGCCAACAUCCUGCAGCUGCUGGUACACUCUGAGCGGAACCAGCAGGUCCUGUGUGAGGCAGGCCUGCACUCGCGCCUGCUCCAGCGUUGCAGCUCCGCCCUCGGCGAUGAGGACCACCCCCUGCACCCGCCCCUCCAGAGGAUGUUCGAGAGGCUGGCCUCACAGGCCCUGCAGCCAAUGGCGCUCAGGGAGUUUCUGCGCUUGGGGAACCCACUGAAUUGUGGUGCCUGGGAUAAGAAGCUCCUAAAGCAGUAUCGGGUCCACAAGCCAAGUUCCCUCAGCUACGAGGCGGAGGGGAGAAAUAGCAUGACAAUGUCAAUGGAGGGCUUUGGGCCCGACAGCGUCUUCGCCGUUACCGAGGACAACAGCCAAUACCGGAUCAGCAGGAGCCUGGUCCGCUCGGCCGAGGGGAGCACCGUUCCGCUGACAAGGGUCAAGUGCCUGGUCUCCAUGACAACGCCACACGACAUCAGGCUGCAUGGCUCGUCAGUCACGCCGGGCUUUGUGGAGUUCGACACCUCUCUGGAAGGGUUCGGGUGUCUGUUCCUGCCCAGCCUCGCGCCCCACAAUGCCCCGUCCAAUAACACCAACGCGCCCGGGGUCAGCGACGGAGCCGUGGUCAGUGGAAUUGGAACCGGUGAGCGUCUGUUCCCCCCUCCCUCGGGCCUCACAUACUCGUGCUGGUUCUGCAUCGAGCGAUUCAGCACCCCACCCCAGAACCACCCGGUUCGGCUGCUGACGGUGGUGCGGCGGGCCACCUCCUCGGAGCAGCACUACGUGUGCCUGGCCAUUGUCCUCUCCGCCAAGGACCGCUCGCUCACCGUCUCCACCAAGGAGGAGCUGCUGCAGAACUACGCGGACGACUUCAGCGAGGAAUCCUCCUUCUACGAGAUCCUGCCCUGCUGCGCUCGCUUCCGCUGCGGGGACCUCAUCAGCGAGGGACAGUGGCACCACCUGGUGCUGGUGAUGAGUAAAGGCAUGCUGAAGAACAGCACAGCCGUGCUCUACAUGGACGGCCAGCUGGUGAACACGGUCAAGCUGCACUAUGUCCAUAGCACCCCGGGAGGCUCAGGGGCUGCAAACCCCCCAGUGGUGAGCACUGUGUACAGCUAUGUGGGCACCCCCCCUGCCCAACGCCAGCUCUCCACGCUGGUGUGGCGGCUCGGCCCCACCCACUUCCUGGAGGAGGUGCUGCCGGCCGCCAGCGUCUCCGCCAUCUACGAGCUCGGCCCCAACUAUGUGGGCAGCUUCCAGGCUGUCUACCUGCCCUGUAAAGAUCCGAAGGGGGAGGUCGCUCCUCCGUCUCCGGUGGCCCUUGUACCCGAGGAGAAAGUGUCCUUCAGCUUGUACGCACUGUCUGUGUCCUCCUUCACCGUGGCCAAGAUCAGGAAGGUCUACAAUAAGCUGGACAGCAAGGCCAUUGCCAAGCAGCUGGCUGUCUCCUCCCAUGAAAACGCCACGCCAGUCAAACUGAUCCAUAAUGCAGCCGGGCAUCUCAACGGCCCAGCGCGCACGGUGGGCGCUGCUGUCAUUGGCUACCUGGGUGUGCGCGCGUUCGUUCCAAAGCCUGUGGCAACAAACCUGCAGUACAUUGGCGGUGCGGCCGCCAUCCUGGGUCUGGUUGCCAUGGCGUCGGACGUGGAGGGGCUGUACGCAGCAGUGAAAGCAUUGGUGUGUGUUGUGAAGAGCAACGCUCUGGCCAGCAAGGAGAUGGAACGCAUCAAGGGCUACCAGCUGCUGGCCAUGCUGCUGAAGAAGAAGCGCUCUCUGCUGAACAGCCACAUCCUGCACCUGACCUUCUCCCUGGUGGGGACCGUGGACAGCGGCCACGAGACCUCCAUCAUCCCCAACUCCACCGCCUUCCAGGACCUGCUCUGCGACUUUGAGGUAUGGCUCCAUGCUCCCUAUGAACUGCACCUGUCUCUGUUCGAGCAUUUCAUCGAGCUCUUAACCGAGUCCAGUGAGGCAGCCAAGAAUGCCAAGUUGCUGAGGGAGUUCCAGCUGAUCCCCAAACUGCUUCUGACGCUGCGGGACACGUCACUGUCCCAGCCCACCAUCACCGCCAUCAGCAACGUCCUCAGCCUCCUUCUGCAGGGUUUCCCCAACUCCUACGACCUGCUCAGGUUCGGCCAGUUCAUCGCCUCAACGUUGCCCACAUUUGCAGUCUGCGAGAAAUUUGUUGUCAUGGAGGCCAACAAUGAAGAGAAAAUAGAUGGAGGAAGUGAAGAUGACUUUGGGGGCCUUCUCUCGGCCAAUCUCAUCCUGCUGAGAAACAGACUUCUGGACAUCUUACUAAAACUGCUCUUCACUUCCAAAGAGAAGUGCACUGUUAAUGCACAGGCCUGUGAGGAGCUGGUGCGUACGCUGGGCUUUGAUUGGCUACUGAUGUUCAUGGAGGAGCACCUGCACUCCAGCACCGUGACAGCUGCCGUGCGCAUCCUGGUAGUGCUGCUUAGCAACCAGCCCAUCCUGGCCCGCUUCAAGGAGGGGCUUUGCGGAGGCGGCUGGCUGGACCACACCGACUCGGUGCUCACCAACAAGAUCGGCACAGUCCUGGGGUUUAACGUGGGCCGCAGUGCAGGAGGCAAGUCCACUGUGCGGGAGAUCAACCGGGAGGCCUGCCAUUUCCCAGGGUUCCCUGUGCUUCAGAGCUUCCUGCCCAAGCACACCAACGUGGCCGAGCUCUACUUCCUGCUGAUGGCGCUGUUCCUGCAGCAGCCUGUCACCGAGCUACCCGAUAACCUGCAGUUUGACCUGGACUCCAUCUGGACGUUCAUCUUUGGCGUGCCGGCCUCAAGCGGGACGGUGGUGGGGUCCGUUCACAGCGUGUGCACCGAGGCGGCCUUCCUCCUGCUGGCCAUGCUCCGCAGCAUGCUCAACCUGCCCUGGCAGUCAGAGGAGGAGGGCUCCUGGCUCAGAGAGUACCCCGUCACACUCAUGCAGUUCUUCCGCUACCUCUACCACAACGUGCCCGACCUGGCACCCAUGUGGGUCAGCCCCGAGUUCCUGUGCGCCCUGGCUGCCACUGUCUUCCCCUGCAACAUCAGACCCUACUCCGAGAUGGUCAGUGACCUGGAUGACGAGGUGGGCUCCCCGGCAGAGGAGUUCAAGGCCUUCACCGGAGACACAGGCAUGAACCGCAGCCAGUCUGAGUACUGCAACGUGGGCUCCAAGACCUACCUGACCAACCACCCCGCCAAGAAGUACGUCUUCGACUUCAUGAGGGUGCUGAUCAUGGAGAACCUGUGCAUGACCCCCGCCAGCAAGCAGACGCCCAUCAUCGACCUGCUGCUGGAGGCCUCCCCUGAGCGGUCCACUCGCACUCAGCAGAAGGAGUUCCAGUCCUACAUCCUGGACAGUGUGAUGGAGCACCUGUUGGCCGCAGAUGUCCUCCUAGGCGAGGAUGCAUCUCUUCCCAUCACCACUGGGGGGAGUUACCAGGUCCUGGUCAACAAUGUGUUCUACUUCACUCAGCGCGUGGUGGACAAGCUGUGGCAGGGCAUGUUCAACAAGGAGUCCAAGCUGGUGGUGGAGUUCAUCGUGCAGCUCAUUGGCCAGUCUAAGAGGAGGUCUCAGGGCCUGUCCCUGGACACCAUCUACCACUGCCUGAACCGGACCAUCCUGUACCAGCUCUCCCGGCCGCACAAGACCGUCCCCCAGCAGGUGGCGCUCCUGGAUGCGCUGCGCGUCCUCACUGUCAACCGCAACCUGAUCCUGGGCCCUGGGAACCACGACCCGGAGUUCAUCGCCUGCCUGGCCCACUGCUUCAUCAGCCUGCACUCAGGCAGCUGUGUGGAUGGCUUCGGCCUGGAAGCUGAGGCCCGCAUGACUACCUGGCACGUCAUGAUGACCUCAGACACGGAACAGGAUGCCACGCACAGCCAGGACGCCAGCGAAGGGCGUCACCUCCUGCUGAAGGCGGUGAACCGUGUCUGGACGGAGCUCAUUCACAGCAAGAGGCAGGUGCUGGAGGACGUCUUCAAGGUGUCCCUGCCCACCAGCGAGCGCGGCCACGUGGACAUCCUGACCGCCCGGGUGCACAUCGAGGAGGCAGCCGCCAAGAGCUGGCUCAACCACCUGGCUCAUGAGAAGAAGUGCAUCAGCCGGGGGGAGGCGGUGGCCCCCGUCACCCAGUCCAAGCUGUCCCGCGUCAGCAGCGGUUUCGGCCUGUCCAAGCUGACCGGGUCCCGGCGCAGCAGGAAGGAGAGUGGCCUCAGCAAGAACAACCUGUCUGCACAGGAAACGUUCCAGUGGAUGUUCACACACAUCGCGGUUGUGCGGGACCUAGUCACCAUGCAGUACAAAGAGUAUCAGGAGCGGCAGCAGAACGCGCUGAAGUAUGUGACGGAGGAGUGGGCGGGGAUCGAGUACGAGCUGCUGCGUGAGAGGGGCCUGUGGGGCCCGCCCAUCGGCUCCCACCUGGACAAGUUCCUGCUGGAGAUGACUGAGGGGCCAUGCCGCAUGAGGAAGAAGAUGGUGCGCAACGACCUCUUCUACAUCCACUACCCCUACGUGCCUGACAGCGAGGCUGACACCACUUCCCAGAAACCUGUCCGCUACCGCCGGGCCAUUAGCUACGACAGUAAGGAGUACUACAUGCGAGUGCUGUCAGGGAACCCAGGCAUGUACCAGCACUCCAUAGAGCACAGCUCUGAGGGAGAGACCACCCAGCAGGAGCCCGAGCAUGGGGAGGAUGCUAUCGCCAGGGUCAAAGGUCUGGUGAAGCCCCCUCUGAAACGCUCGCGCUCCACGGCAGACGGGGGGGAUGAGGACAGUCAGGAGCAGCUGCAGGACCAGCUGUUGGAGUCAGGAGCCAUGGACGAGGAGGAGAAGACCGACAACACCAGUCUGCUGAGGCUGCUGGAGGAAGGCGAGAAGAUACAGCACAUGUACCGCUGCGCUCGGGUCCAGGGCCUAGACACCAGUGAAGGCCUGCUGCUGUUCGGGAAGGAGCACUUCUACGUCAUCGAUGGCUUCACUAUGACGAUCACCCGGGAGAUCCGGGACAUCGAGACCCUGCCCCCAGAUAUGCAUGAGGCCAUCAUUCCCAGGGGAGCUCGGCAGGGGCAGAGUCAGCUGAAGAGAACCUGCAGCAUCUUCGCCUACGAGGACAUCAGAGAGGUGCACAAGCGGCGCUACCUGCUGCAGCCAAUAGCAGUAGAGGUGUUUUCAGGUGAUGGGCGGAAUUACCUGCUAGCGUUCCAGAAGGGAGUUCGGAAUAAAGUCUACCAGAGGUUCCUGGCGGUGGUCCCCUCCCUGACUGACAGCUCCGAGUCUGUGUCAGGGCAGCGUCCGAACACCAGCGUGGAGCAGGGGUCUGGUCUGCUGAGCACGCUGGUUGGUGAGAGGUCUGUGACUCAGCGAUGGGAGAGGGGGGAGAUCAGUAACUUCCAGUACCUGAUGCACCUGAACACACUGGCGGGGCGGUCCUACAACGACCUCAUGCAGUACCCCGUGUUCCCCUGGAUCCUGGCUGACUACGACUCGGAGGAGCUGGACCUGAGCAAUCCUAAGACAUUCCGUAACCUGGCCAAGCCCAUGGGGGCGCAGACGGACGACCGGCUCAUCCAGUACAAGAAGAGGUUCAAAGACUGGGAGGACCCCAAUGGCGAAACCCCGGCCUACCACUACGGCACACACUACUCCUCCGCCAUGAUUGUGGCCUCCUACCUGGUUCGGAUGGAGCCCUUCACUCAGAUAUUCCUCAGGCUGCAGGGGGGUCACUUCGACCUGGCUGACCGCAUGUUCCACAGCGUCCGUGAGGCCUGGCUCUCUGCCGCCAAACACAACAUGGCUGAUGUCAAGGAGCUCAUUCCUGAAUUCUUCUACCUCCCGGAGUUCCUGCUCAACUCCAACAACUUUGACCUUGGCAGCAAACAGAACGGCACCAAGCUGGGGGACGUGAUCCUGCCCCCCUGGGCCAAGGGGGACCCCAGGGAAUUUAUCCGCGUCCAUCGAGAGGCCCUGGAGUGUGACUACGUCAGCGCCCACCUGCACGAGUGGAUCGACCUGAUCUUCGGCUUCAAGCAGCAGGGCCCCCCGGCCGUGGAGGCCGUCAACGUCUUCCACCACCUCUUCUACGAGGGCCAGGUGGACAUCUACAACAUCAACGACCCACUCAAGGAGACCGCCACCAUCGGCUUCAUCAACAACUUCGGCCAAAUCCCCAAACAGCUCUUUAAGAAGCCCCACCCACCAAAGCGGGUUCGCAGCAAAUCCAACGGGGAGGUCCCGGGAGCGCCUGCCUCCCUCAACUCUGCCGCGGACAAGAUCUUCUUCCACCACCUGGACAACCUGCGGCCCUCGCUGGCCCCUGUCAAAGAGCUGAAGGAGCCGGUGGGGCAGAUCGUAUGCACGGAGAAGGGCAUCCUCGCCGUGGAGCAGAACAAGGUCCUGGUGCCACCCACGUGGAGCAAGACGUUCGCCUGGGGCUACGCCGACCUCAGCUGCAGGAUGGCCAACUACGAGUCCGACAAGGCUGCCAUUGUGUACGAGUGUCUGUCUGAGUGGGGGCAGAUCCUCUGUGCCAUCUGCCCCAACCCCAAGCUGGUGGUCACCGGGGGCACCAGCACGGCCGUCUGUGUGUGGGAGAUGGGCACCUCCAAAGAGAGGGCCAAAAUGCUCACUCUUAAACAGGCCCUGCUGGGUCACACAGACGCGGUCACGUGUCUGACGGCCUCCUCGGCCUACCACAUCGUGGUCAGCGGCUCGCGGGACCGGACCUGCAUCAUCUGGGACCUCAACAAGCUGGCCUUUGUCACCCAGCUGAGGGGGCACCGAGCCCCCGUCUCCGCCCUGUGCAUCAAUGAGCUGACAGGUGACAUUGUGUCCUGUGCGGGGACCUACAUUCACAUCUGGAGCAUCAACGGCAGCCCCAUCGUCAGCGUCAACUCCUUCACUGGCCGCAGCCAGCACAUCCUGUGCUGCUGUGUGUCCGAGAUGAACGAGUGGGACACGCAGAAUGUCAUCGUCACCGGCCACUCAGACGGCGUCGUGCGGUUCUGGAGGAUGGAGUUUCUGCAGGUCCCCGAAACUCCAGCGCCCGAGCCCGCCGAGCUGCCAGAUGUUCCUGACUGCUGCGGCGAGGAAAAGAUGGAGGGUCGCGAUGCCCCGGAUGAGGACAGCAGCGACUCCGAUGGUGAAGACCAGAGCGUGACCCAAGAGCCCAAACCCCGGCCGGCCCCGAGCCAGCCCGCCGGCGCCAUCCAGCACCCCAAGGGCGCCAUCACGCGGCCCAAAGCCUCGUGGUCCGCCGACAGCAGCUCGGACGACUCACGCCGCUGGUCCGACACCCUCAGUCUGGACGAGAAGGACGGCUUCGUAUUCGUGAAUUACUCGGAGGGGCAGGGGCGCCCCGGCCAGCACCUGCACCCGCACCCUGCCCCCCACAGCGCCGUCCCCCAACCCCUGCAUCCUGCCGGCGGGGAGGCACGACCCUACAACCAGCUGAGGGCCGGUUACCGAUGGGAACGGCAGCUGGUCUUCCGCAGCAAGCUCACCAUGCACACAGCCUUCGACCGCAAAGACAACGCCCAGCCCGCUGAGAUCACCUCGCUCGCCAUCUCAAAGGACCACAGCAAGAUCCUGGUGGGCGAUGGGCGGGGCAGGGUCUUCAGCUGGUCGGUGAGUGACCAGCCGGGCCGGUCGGCCGCUGACCACUGGGUGAAGGAUGAGGUGGUGGACAGCUGCUCCGGCUGCACCGUGCGCUUCUCCCUGACUGAGAGACGGCACCACUGCAGGAACUGCGGCCAGCUCUUCUGUCAGAAGUGCAGCCGCUUCCAGUCAGAGAUCAAACGUCUGAAGAUCUCGUCACCCGUGAGGGUGUGUCAGAACUGUUACUACAACCUGCAGCACGAGCGUGGGCCUGAGGAGGGCCCCCAAAAUUAACCUCCAGCGCUCUCCUCCUCUCUGUACCAUGUGUAAAGCACUGAUGUAGAAAAAGGGAUCACAGUAGAAGCCUGUGCAAUGCUGUGCGUGUUGCAGCAAAGCCUGAUGGGAAAUGGGAGGAGAAAAAAGGACUCUUAACAAUCUGAUAGCUUUUGACUGAGAUUUUUUUCCCCUGUAACAUUUUCACCAUCUUUCUGUUAACACAGGCUGCACAUCUCCAGAUCACAGGCUUUUUAGAUUUUAGAUAAAUUCUAUGUUAGGCCUCAUUUAGAAGUAUGAUAAAGUUGUUAAUAUUGUAAAUAAAUACAAUGGCCUUUUUAACUCGAACAGAAGAACUAUUGAAAAUGACUUUGCCUGUCAAUAGGGAUUGUGAGGACUCCCUCUUGGCUUUAAAGAGAAAAGUGUUGGGCCUACAUCAUGUGAAAAGGGGGAAUGAUGAAUGUGAAUGAAAUUAACUGGUGUGUUUAAAAUGGAUCAAAUGCAAUUAUUCUUUUAAAACCUUUUUUUGUUUACAAUGUGUAUUUUGUUAAUGAGUUGCCCACAGUAUCUGCAUGGUAUCACCAACUAACAAGGAAACUUGAUUUACAGUCAAAAAUGAUUUAUGGUUGUAUAUGUUUACUGUAUGUAACAGUGUAGAUACAGUUUGCCCAUGGGGUAUAUUCACUGCUGUGGAAUUCAGCACAUAUCUGAUGCUCUAUUUUGUGUGCUCAUCCUGCCAUUCCUGCUUUAGUGACAGAGAGAUAUGCUAGUGGUGAUUCACCUCGCAAGAGCUUCUCAAACAAACAUGGUCAGACGUGACCAGUCCUCUGACGUUUGCUUCCCAAGCCGUGUGUUUUCCCUCUAUAUUGCUGUAUUUUACUGUUGACAUGUCAAACAAGGGAUUAUUUUCCUUUUCCCCUUCUUUGAUUAAUAACUACCAUGCAUGUGCUGAAUAUAAGGGUUUUGUGUAUUCAUAAUUGGACAUGUAUAUACAGUAACUCUUCAUGUCAUUGCUUUUAACAUCCAAAC